AUGGUCUUGUUCAAGCGCAAGCCCGUCAAGUUUCUUCCACCGCCAGAGGUUGAUCCAGAUGCACAGGUCUGGACCAUUAAACAAACGAAUGAAAUAUUUGCGACAUACGAAGAUUACUUGAAACGCAUGGACUUUUAUAAACAGCUCGCUGGCGCACGUGAAGUCGAAGAAUCAUUCCCCGAAGCUCUCAAAGGCCCCAUUCUCCGCAAGGUCCAGUUUUCAACCGUUUCGCGACUCGAUAAUCUAGUCGAUACCAUUUUUGACGAAUUUAAACACGAUUUCUACCCCGGCGAGAAAGUCACAAUUAUCAGCCACACUGGCGAGCGAACCCAUGGCCUCGUCCGUGACAAGACGACCUUUGGCGAGCGCAUGCUUGCCGAUGGCACGCGCACAAAACCUUCGACAAAAUACCUGGUCAGCGCCCGCCCCAGCGGCCAUGAAGACUUCGUCACAGAAGGUAACAUCUCGCGUGAUCGUGGCGCCUUCACCAAAGCUAUGCUGCGCGCUUUCCUCAAGAAGACAGUCACGCGCGAAGCAUGGACUGGGGCUCCCUGGGUUGUCAAGCUGGACUACGCUUCGCAGUUCCACAUCGAUUCGAAGAUCCCACCCCAGUUGCGCUACGAGUUCAAGAUACAAGAGCGUAAACGUGACCAGGCCCAGAAGCGCUCAGCCGACACCAACGGCCACGCUGCAUCCCAACCUGCGCGACUACCGGAGCUGAAGCCGGCAAAAAGCAUCAAACCCAAACCGCUCCCUGGCAAGGGACUCAAAUGGCCCGCUGGAAUCGUCAAUGGUAGCGCGGAACCUAGCAUCAAAAGCGAACGCUCUUCUCCACUCCCGCCUCCGCCACCAAAAUACCCUAUCGAAGACUUGCAGCUCGACCCCAACCCCGACAAUCCUCGACCUGCAAUCAAGUUCAUGUGCCGCGAUGCACCCGCCGACAAAGGCAAUGACGAUCCGCUACGAAAUGAUGUCGAAAUGAAAGCUGUCGGGCUCCUGCUAGAAACUUGGGAUACCCUCAAUGUGUAUUGCGAGAUUUUUAAACUCGACUCCUUCACCUUUGAUGACUUUGUUGAAGCCAUGUCUAUCGCUUCUGAACGCACUCGGAUCCAGCUUUUUGACGAAAUUCAUUGUUCGUUACUCAGUAUUAUGGUGGACUCUUCACAAGACGGUGGUAAAGUUCGCAUCCCAUUGCCUGAAAUCGAAGAAGAUGACAGCGAUGAUGAGGAUGGAGAAGCUGAGGAAGGCGGCGAGGAACAAGAAGAAGAGGAGGCGGAGGAAGAGCGCGAAAAGAAGCCCGCCAAACGAGCUACGCGCAGCAGUCUAGCAAAGCAGGAAGCUGAGCGCAUAGCUGCUGAGGCUGCCGCAGCUAAAGAGGAAACCAUCAAGGCUGAAAUGGAAUCCAAGACACGCGCCGAAGAAAUGAUGAAGGAGUUCAACUGGGUUGAACAUCUCCAGAAACGAGACUUCGCCAACGGCGGCUGGGAGCGCAUCGUCGUCGGCCUGCUACAUCAGCUGUCCAAGGGUGAGAGAAAGCAGCAGAUGUAUCAGGACUUACUUCUGCAGAUUAUUCCUACCGAUACAGAGCCUACGCAAGAAGCUGCACGCCAGAAUUACGCCAAACUCAACGUCAACACGCGAGCACAGAUUUUACAAAUUCUCUGCAUGUUGACCACUGAAACGAAGGCUAUGCGGGCCUAUAUGGAGGAAUGUAAUGAAACCAUGACCAAGUAUCGCAAGGACAGGGUCGAAUGGCAGCGCCAGCGCAAACAGGCAAUUGAAGACCUCCGCCAGCUCAAUGAACAGCGCAAAGCUCUACUUCCCGAGAACACGCCCAUACAUGAAGAAGCCAAGGAGAAUGGCGAUGUCAGCAUGAAUGGAGCCGACGACACUAUAAUCGAAAAGGAGGGCGAUGACGAAGCGGAACCCGGCAAUGGCGACAAGCCGCAGAAGAAGCGUCAAGGUCGCCAGGUCGUUGAUAAGCGAAAGAAACGUCAAGAAGACGAGGCCGCCCGCAAGGCCAAGGAAAAGGCACAAAGAGAAGCUGCCAAGGCGUCUCACCAAUCGAAACAAUUCACGAAGCUGCUCAAGGAAAUCCAAAAGAAGGAAGAUCUGAUCAAGACAUACGAGGAGGAGGUUGCAACCAUUGAAAAUGACCUUCGCGAGGCCGACUGCCCACGCACGCGUGGUCUAGGAAGAGAUCGAUUUUGGAACCGAUACUACUGGUUUGAGCGCAACGGAAUGCCUUACGGUGGGCUGCCUAACAGCUCGACUGCGGAAGCGGGCUACGCAAAUGGACGGCUUUGGAUUCAGGGACCCGAUGAGCGGGAACGCGAGGGUUACAUUGAUGUGACGACGGACCUCGAAAAUGAAUACAAGGCCCAGUUCCAGAUGACGGUGCGCGAGCGUAAGGAAAAGGAAGAAGGCGGUACGAGCCUGGAGAACGCUUACCAAUGGGGCUACAUUGACGACGCGGAAAGCUUGGAUAAGCUGAUUCGGUGGCUGAACCCGCACGGCUUCAAUGAGCUGCGCCUGAGAAAAGAACUGGUCACGCUCAAGGACAAGAUUGCGGAGCACAUGGACAAGCGCCAGCAGUAUCUGACGGGUGCCGCGGACGAAGAGGGGCGCAGGGACGAGUCGGCCUCGGCGAAGCGAAGCAGCUCGCGCAUCCGGGACAAGACGCCGGAGCCGCCCAACUACCGAUGCCUGCGGUGGGUGAAUACCAUGGCGCAGGACGAGCUCGGCCACUUGCAUGCGGAUCCGCCGCCGCCGCCGCGUCUGCGCAAGCAGACCAAGAAGCGUGAGGCCAUGGAGGCGCCUCCCAUACCGCCUCCACGGGCUGCCAAGCGAAGCAGACGUUGA